AAUUCAUCCAUCUUGAGUAAACACUCUGUGGCGAAUGAUUACGGGGAUAUCGACAUUGCAACGACACCAGCUGACUAUUUAUUGGAUCCUCAAGAGCUCAAGGAAGAAAAGAGUGUACUGCUUGCUACAGGAAGCGCAGAUCCAUAUGCAUAUCUUUAUAACGUUGGAGAAGAUAGCGCAGAGUUGAUGCAGCGAUUAGAAGGCCACACAGAUCGAGUGUAUGCAGUCAAUUUUCAUCCUACUGAACCUAUCCUUGCCAGUUGCUCAGCUGAUUUUACGGUCAAAGUAUGGGGGCCUAGCUUAAACAGAGGCAAAAAGAAGACGAUCAACUAA